AUGGAAGAAGAAGCAGAGCUCAUAAAAACUGGAUCUCUUUCAGAUCUUAGGUUAGACUUAGAUACUUAAUUUACUCAACUCAAAUCGGCCUUAAGUGUAUAAGGCAAAGAAGCCCUUUUUUCUCUCAGCUUGGUCACUCCCUCCGAUUGUGUGUACAGUCUGUCAACAAAUUUCGCUCCUUCUAGCCUCUGUGAAGCCAUUUGAAGCCCAGAAGUACUGGGAUUACUACAGCUUGGCAAGUUACCCCGCUCUAUCCGACUUUCCUCCAGGGUCUGUUCGACCUAAGUGUUCUUCCUUUAUCAGGCAGUGGAAAGAGGUAAAGCAAGAUUUCUGUAGGAUGCGAAGUAAGAAAACUUUAGCCAUUUCUUCCUUAUCAGACAGAAAUGCACGUGCAAAAAACCUGACCCUAUAAUAACAAAAUUUGGGUGAGGGAGAUGGAAUUCACGGAAUGAAUUCUCCUCUCAUCCAAGCUAUUUAUUAUUAUGGAUCUCAUUCAGGUCAGUUUCCUGAGAAUCUUAUCAAAAUUAAAACAAAAGAACUCGAGAUUCUUAGAGCAGAGCUUGCUUUACUUUUGCAGGAAUACAAUCUUCUUAAAAAUAAGCAAAAGCCUGAAGCGCACUUCAUAAGUGAAAUUCCAAAACCUCAGGAAUUAUUAGAAACAAAGCACUCAAUUGAAAGCUCUCCAAACUCAACUAAUUCAAUCAAGAAUGAAGAAGACAAAGUAGAAAAACUCAAAAGAAAAAUUGGGCAAACGACAUUUGGUAAGCUCUAGCUAGAUUCUCUAACUUCUACCAGUAAAUAAUCGCGAAAAUAUUUUUUUCAUGAUAUAUUAAUUUUCUAUUUUACUAUAGUAUUUUAUUUUUAAUAGAUCACUAUUGACCAUCCAUUUUAAUUUUAAAAAUAAAUUUAAAGCACAAAUAAAAAUGAUAAAUCUUUCUUUUAUGGCUUUGAGACGCUUAAUCAGACUGAGAAUAUAUGACGCAAGUUUCUUGAACCAUAAAUUUAUGGUUGGUAUGUUGCUUAUCAUAGCUAUCUAUUAUGGUGGUUAAAAUAUAUAUUUAUUUUAAGAUUAGUAUUCAAUUAGCAAUAAUUAUUUUAUUAUAACAAUUUAUUAAAUGCUAGUUUUAAAAAAAAAAAUAAGAAAUAGAAAGAGUAAGAGAAGUUUUCUUGAUGUAUUCUGGCGUUCAGAAUUAUUUGCUAGUUGAUAAGCUUGAAAGCAUGCUUUUUAAUCGGUUUCUUGCUGAUUUUAAUCUUUAUAACUCUUUAGUCACAAAAGCGCAGGCUGAUGUAUAUUUCUUUAAAGGGCUCAAAGGAGGAAGAUCAAUCAAUUUUUGGAGGUUCGUAGAGAUUUUAAUAAAAUUAGCAAAAAUUGAUUAUCCAGACAAGGAGAAAUAUAAAGCACUUCAAGACUAUGCAACUGAAAAGAUAGAGCCUAGGCUUAACAAUGAAAAAGAUAAGGCCAAGAUUAAAAGGCUCCAUGAGAUUUAUUUAUCACAAGAAGUCAAAGGAUUUAUUAAUGCAAAUAAAGGGCUACUUGAGGAUAUUUAUGAAAGAUAUAAAAGUAGUGAUGUAGUUCAUGCGAAUAGAAUGAGAAUCCAAGGAUUUGUAAAUUUAUUAGCUAACUCUCUCCUUUAAAAUAAACUAUUCCAAUUUAUAGGGUUAUUAAUUUUUUUCUCGAAAUAAGAAUUAUGAUAAAUUUCUCAAAAAUAUUAUCGAUUUAAAGUACAACUUUGUUUUAGUAGUACUCCCUCAUUAAAUAGAGCAUGCAAUAGGAAAAUUUUUGAUUUAGUGAUAUUAAAUGGGUAUGUAUGCUCUAAACAUAGAAAUUAUUAUUUUAGCUUACUCCCCCCCGCCCUCCGUGAGUGAACAAAACCAUUAGAAAAAUCGCUAUUUUUUGCCCAAAAACCCACCCUCCGUGAGUGAACAAAAAAAUUUUUUAAUAGAAAAAAUUUUGAUAUAUAAAUGAUAAUUAUUAUAAUAAAAUCUCAAGCUAAUUCUGUUUAAUUUUAAACAAAUUGCGUUUUAAAACAUAAAUUUUAUAAAUUAAAUUAAUUUUUGCUUUCCAAUUUUUAUAGAAGUGAGAUUUUUUUAAAUUUCUAAAAAACAAAUUUAUAAAAAAUUGAUAUAUAUAAAUUGUUUAAAAAAAAAAAAAUUAACCUCCGUGAGUGAACAAAAUUUUUUUGUUCACUCACGGAGGGGGGGGGAGUUAAGAAUUAAAAUAUUUCAAUUCAAAAGUGUUAAUAUACCAUAAAAUUGAAAUUUUACCAGUAUUGCGUUUUCAAAUUCAAGAUUGGAGGAAUAAGUAUGAAUUUAUCCCGAGCCAUAUUUCAAGCCCACUUGCUGCUUUAUUAUUUAGAUCAGUCCCUUCAACUUUACUAUUUAAUGAUUCUCUUCUAUACGAAGGUUUUGUGGAAGCUUGUGUAUAUGUUGCCUUAGAAAUAUAUGAGGGCCCUCAAUUUAGUUCUUUUGGAUUAUCCCCUGCUCAGUGCUUAAAGACAUGGAUUGAUUACUUGAUACCUCGCUUUGAAGAAUAUAUAGAAGUUUCUAGUAAGGAAAGCAAGCCUAAAGAAUCCAGCCCAAAGUUGAAAGAAAAUGGAGAGAAGUCUGCAGAAGUUUAA